GUGGGUUAUGUAUGGUUAUGUAUCCAUAACCAACAACAACCAAUAAUGCUGUGGAUUAUCCGGAUUGCCGGUAUUAGAAUUCGUGUUGACUUAAUUUAUAGAGAAUCUAAACCGAAUAGUUAAUGUGCUUCUAAACUAUUAUAGAAAUCAAAUAUAAGAUAUUCAUUAUUAUUGUCUGUUAUUUUACAUAAAAAUGGUGCGAUACUUUUUGACCAUGUCUUACAUUGGUACUCGUUACAGAGGAAUGCAAAAACAUGGUAUCGGAGAGAACGUUAAUCAAGUGGAUUUCAUUCAAGGUGCGAUAGAGGCUGCUCUUUCAAGACUUGUUCCUGCAAGUAUAAAUCCUCCUUUCCUUACAGUGUCUAGCAGAACUGAUGCUGGAGUUCAUGCGCUGCAUUCUAGUGCUCACGUUGAGUUGCAAAAUAAGUAUGAUGUAAUGUACGAUUCUUCCAGCUUGAUCAGAUGGGCUAAUCGAUACUUUACACGCUGUGGUCAUGAUAUUAGGAUUACAUCUUGUGUACCUGUUACGCACGAGUUUCAUGCAAGGCAUUGUGCAAAAUCGCGUACCUAUAUUUACCGAUUUUUAGUCGACAAAUUACCUGGAUCGAAUAGCUUCCCUAUAAGUGAACUUGAUCGUUCAUUUCACAUUGGCAGUGAUUUUGACGUAGAAAAGUUACAAAAGGCCCUUGAUGUGUUCAAGGGACGCAAAGAUUUUCAGACAUUUACUCCAAACAAAAAAUCGCGGAAACCAAUUCGUUACGUGCGAACUUUGAAUUAUUUCAAGCUUGAAAAAUCAGCACCAUUAAUAUUAGAUGGUCCAUUUGUAGACAAUUUCCAUUAUUAUCAUUUAAAAGUCAACGGCAAAUCUUUUUUGUACAAUCAAGUUCGUCGAAUGGUUGGUGCAUUGUUUGCUGUGGCAAGAGGUCGAAUAACAGAAAAGGAUCUGCGAACAAUGGUACAAGUACCAAACUACAAAAAUUGGAAUCCUCGUGCUACAGCAGUGCCUGCGUGUGGACUGUAUCUGGCGGACGUGGAGUAUGAUCCAGAGGAAUUAAAACGUUGCACUAUAGUGCCAGAGAAUUGUGCUGUAGUAGAUUUGGACAAUGAAAUAGAGUAAAGGAAUAGAAAAAUAAAUUUAAAAAAUAAUCUAGUAGAGUCUGUGCAUUAGUAACACCAUAGAAAGCUAAGUACUAUGGUGUAGCUACGUUAUGUGAUUCACUUGGUCAAGUUAACUAAAUUUAAUAAACCGAAAGAGCUGUAAAAA